UGUGAUACAGACUUGCAGUGCAGUGAACUAGUCAGAACAAGCUGGAUCAUCAUUGAAACAAAACAUAGUGAGAGAAGUACAGCUGUGGAUGCUUCUCUUUUGAAGGAAAUCAUCAAAAAUGAAUUUAAGGAGCGUUACUCGCUGAAUCCAGAGUAUAUAACUGAUGUUGUGUAUGAAAAACCUUAUAUCACUAUUGAACUGAAACAAAAUGUUUCCCAGAAGUCUGCCAAGAGUGUGGAUAUAUCUGACGUGGCUUACUACUUUGAAAAAGAUGUCAAAGGUGACUCUCUAAUUCAGAGUGGCACACUACAGAUAAACACCAGUGAAGAACCUCUAAAAUUUGAUCAAGCUCUAAUCUACUAUGUUGAUGAAAAGCCCCCAGAGUUUUCCAUGAAACGUCUGACUGCUGGUGUUAUUGCAGUCAUUGUAGUGGUGGUACUAGCAAUUGUUGCUGGAAUUAUUGUACUGGUUAUCACUAGGAGAAGGAGAGGAAAGUAUGAGAAGGCUGAGGCAAAGGAAAUGAAUGAAAUGCAAAGAGAGCUAAACCCAUAACUGAAGUCACUAGAAGACAAAUCGUGAACUAUCAAGAAGGUAAACAGAACUAAAACAAGACUAGUAGUGUGGAUUUAAUUUUUGUAUAUGUUUGUGGUCUGCAGGGAAAAAUUAUGUGACU